UAUGAGUCAUGGGGAACUUUGUCCGGAAAUGUAAACUACAUGGUCUAAAAGCUGAUGCAAAUCACUUCUAAGUUUGUGUAUUAACCUCAGAGCGCAGACAAAUAACGGACUAUAAUGACAUGUCAGUGCGACUUCUAAAAGUACACGGAACGAUCAGAAAGAUUUACGAAGCUGAAACACUGGCCUGGCCUGAUAUGACAAAAUGACCAUAAUCCUGCGAUUGGAAGGCCUCAAUGCCAAGGCGGGUAUUGAGGAUAUACGCCAUUUUUUUGUAAGCCUGGACAUACCCAAUGGAGGAGUGUACAUACUUGGAGGACGUCUUGGGGAAGCUUUUGUUGCUUUCAAAUCUGAGAAAGAUGCCCAGUUUGCAAUGCUUCGCACAGGAGAUUUACUUAAAGGAUCUAAGGUGACUCUGCAGAUAAGCAACAUGGCAGAAAUGGAGCACAAAUUAAAUGCAUUGUUAAAGAAGAAAAGGAAGCCCUCCCCUACACAGUUGCUUGAGAUGAGUCCUCGGCCACAUCCAGAUGUAAAUAAAUGUCCUUUAAACACAGGCCCAGCUGAUCCCAGAAUUGCGGACGUGCCUCCUUCACCAGCACAACUGCAGACUCCGACAACUGAUACGAAACAGAUUUUAAAUGUAAACUCAAUUGACUCCCAAACUGCCUUUCUUCUUGGGAUUUGUACUGUAAUUCAAGGCCUUCAGUCAUCCCAUCAAAAAGAAAAUGAGGCAGGUUUGAGUGCUGAUACUCCCAUGAAUGACCACACAGUUGUGACCAAUGAGAAGUGGACACCUGAGCAUAAUCUGAAGCGAGACCCUGGCUAUGUGAGACUUUUUGGUUUGCCACCUUCUACAACUAAAGAUGAUAUUUGUCAGUUUUUCAGAGGGUUGACUGUUCAAGAAGCCAUUGUGAAUGUAAAACUGGGAGUUAACUACGGCUGCCUUGUGAAGUUUGAAAGUGACCAGGAUGCCUGCAGUGCUUUAAGUUUCAACCACCACUUAUUGGGCCCCAUAUCUGUGGAGGUACGUAGCGCAACUGAGAAGAUGUGGAUCAGCGCCCUACAAGAGUGUGAAAAUGGUACUAGCAAUCAGGACAGUGUGACACCUAAGCAAAGUCCUCUAAGGGACACUCUAAAUCACAAACAGAAAGCUCCAAUACUGCCUAAAAAGAGGAAACACUUGCCACUUAAAUCACCAAAGAAAACAAAAUCUGACCAUGACUCCACAACUACACAAUAUGUGCAGUCUGUUGUCAUGGUCCGUAAUCUUCCUGUCAUUAUAACCAAGACUGAAAUAAAAGAGCUGUUUGGAUGUCCAAAUAUUGCACACAGAAAUGUGUUGCAUCUACUUGACAGUGAAGGCAACAGAACAGACACAGCUUUUCUGAUUUUUAACCGGACUGAGGAUUUUGAGUAUGCAAUGAAUCUCAAUGGCUGCCAUGUGGGUUCUGGCGUUAUUAAGGUCUCAUCAAUCACAAGGGAGGAGAUGAAUGCCUUAACAGCCAAAACCCAUCCAAGGAAUCUUAACCAGAGGUUUAAGAGAUGGAACAUGAAGAAACCAUUUCAAAAAGGGAAUCCAGCAGCUUUUAAGAGGGCAGAAGUGGCACAGAGCAAGAACGUGGAUCCAUUAGCGCAGACAUGCCUGUUUGUUCGAAACCUGCCGGCAAAUGUAGAGAAGGAUCAAAUAAAAACAUUUUUCUCAGAAUAUAAACUGAGGCGGGACAACAUCACAUUAUUACACGACAUUGAUGGCAGAUGUAUUGGUGAGGCUGUGGUUCAAUUUCAGUCACAGAAGACAGCAGCACUGGCUCAGGCACUCCAUGGUCAGGACUUUCUGGGAACAAAAGUGCUACUCACUCCCAUAAAUAUAAAGCAGAUGGACGACAUCUUGGUGCAGAAUAUUCCAAGAUGUUCAAUGAAAGCUUUGUAAACAAGGAUACUGAACUGAAUAAUUUUAAUAUAUUUUGAUGCAGCUGUUGUCGCUAAUGUCCAAUACAAACUUCUUUUCAUCAAGCUUAUGAUAUUAAUGGUUGCAUGUAUUCUGCUCGGAUGAACUACCCUACUGACCAUCUUGCUAAGCGUUUCCUGUGAUCAAGUGCCUUAUUUUUCAGUAAUACACAUUUAAAGACAUUGCUAUCCAGUGUUAAAACUUCAAAAUAAAGGUUGUUAAAACAUUG